AUGCUAGCCUCCGCGACUGACGAAACCAAUAUUUACGCUGGCCACCCGCAGCUGACACCACUUGAGGCAGAUGUUCUCUGGGAAUAUGCCAAGCUCUCACGCACACUCAAGGCGUUGGUCACCAAGUCGCGAGAAAUGACUGAACACUCCGAUGAUGCGCUUCUUGCGAAGCUUCGCGCCGCCGAGAUGAAGAUGGGUCUGGUACACACUUUGUUCAAGGCCUCGGUUUGGGCUGUUCUAGUAAAACAGGAAGAAGAGUUUAAUGGAGAAGAAGGCGAGACCACGUUUCAGCCCUGA